GUUUAAUGAAAAUUAUUAAUGGCUGCAAUCGAUAAAGUUAAGAUUAUUGUCGUCGGUGAUUCUGGUGUUGGAAAAACAUCAUUAACACAUUUAAUUUGUCAACAACAACCUAUUAAUAAUCCUUCAUGGACUAUAGGUUGCUCAGUAGAAGUUAAAUUACAUGAAUAUAAAGAAGGAACUCCUAAUCAAAGGAGAUACUUUAUUGAAUUAUGGGAUAUUGGGGGAAGUCAAAAUCAUAAAAAUACAAGAUCUGUCUUUUAUAAUCCUACAAAUGGUAUCAUAUUAGUUCAUGAUUUAACAAACAGAAAAUCACAGCAAAAUCUACAAAAAUGGCUUGAAGAAGUUUUGAGUAAAGACAGUAAUUAUAUGAAAUCAAAACCAUUUGAUGAUUUUGAUCCUGAAAAAUUUGUAGGAUGUACACAGAUACCAAUUUUAGUUAUUGGUACAAAAUUAGAUUUAGUUGCUGAAGUUAGAUCUAAUGUGCAUAGACGUUCUUCGACUAUUGCAGAAGAAUGUGGUGCUGAUGAAAUAUUUUUGGAUUGUCAUCAGAUCAGAUCAUUAGCUGCUGGUUCUAGCUCUUCUGUUAAAUUGAGUAGGUUUUUUGACAAAGUUAUUGAAAGACGUUACUAUUCAUCAAAAGAAGGAAUCAGUCCUGACAAACGAAGACUGCCAAUGUAUAGUCCUCCAUACAGUUCAAAAAUCUAUCAUAAUGAUUAAAAAUUCAGAAAAGCUA